ACGUUAUGUAACAGGCAGAACGAAUUUGACGAUGACCACACUGGCAACGGCAACGGCAACGCCUAUGCACAAGACUGUUCACUGGAACUCUCAGAGUCCUGACAUUGGCUCUCCUUCACUAUCCUGUGAAGACUCCUUCGUUUCAACGUCGAGUCUUCAAUAUGUCAAUUCUCAGCUGGUAGCUCACGGAUUCACCACAUCUUCGGGACUCUCUCUCGAUGGCCUGUCUAAAGGAGAAAUGGACAGGGCUGUGAAAUGUUUUCUGGACUUGCUGGCUCAAAGGGUGAAAGAUAUGUCGAGGACAGAGCACUUGUCAGCUGAACUACGAACUCUUCACUAUGACCACGAACGAAUGGUAUCAAUGCACCGCACAGCCACGGAGUCUGCGGCAAAUUUCGAGAGUGAAGUGAAUUUACAGAAAUCUCGUCUUGCGACUACGACAAAGACGUUGCAGGCGACUGAAGCUGCACACAAACAUACUAACGCAGAAUUGCAGCGGACACGCUCUGCCCUGCAGACCAUUCGAGCUACCCACCAAGCCGAAACGAAGAAGAAGGAAAAGGAGAUUGAACGCGCUAUGGAGAGGUGGCACAGGAUCUCUGACGCUCAGGCAAAACUUGGCGCUACCGCUAGUGGAAUGCGCUUUAUCGGAAGUGUUAAUACUGUCGUUGAACCAGUAGUUCCGAUUGUCGGGAGAGGAAAGAGCUACCUGGAAAUUGCGUUAGAGGAGGCUGAGAAGGCACGCGAGCAGUUAGGCAAGGAUAUUCUCGGUUUGAAGAAGAUGCUCCUCAAGGCUGUCAACGAAAUCAGAAAUAUCGCGUUUGAAUUGACGCCAAGUUUGCGAGAACCCACCUAUGAGAUAGAAAUUCCUGUACCUAUGACACUCCCCGAUCUAUUCCCUCUGUCGCCUCCGGACUUUACCACCAUGACGCUAUCAUCCUCGCUUGCGCGACUCCGAGACAUUCUGGGAGUGCUGUCUUCUUCCACAUCUUCGAUAUCAACUUCACCUUCCGUCUCCCCCGCACCGCAGCCUAUGCCUUCUCCGUCUGAACUUGAACAGCUGCAUCAAGUCAUUGAGCAGCUGAAGAAGGAACUCCAUGAUUCAAAAGAGCAAGUAGCUCUACAAGCUGCGGAAAAUCGAUCUGCGGCAGAUCAACCUUCAAGCACCAUGACAAUACUUGCUCGGGACAACAAACGCCAACAUUCAGCUGUCUCCGAAGCAGAGGAGCAAAAGAAGCUUCCUCAAGUACCAACUCAACCUGGAAUUGGGAAAGAAAGGCUUAGUAUUGAGAUUAGCACGCGUCCCAAAGAGGAGAAACCUUCUGAGAAAGUCCGAAACAUGUUCGCAGAACUUCCUCUCACUCGAGAUGAUUCAGAUUCACGUUCGGAGAAAAUGAGUGCAUCCAACCAAAGGUCUUCCCCACGAAAACCUCAUUCACCGUCCAAAAGGUUCCAAAUCAACAUCGGCAAAGCUACCAGAAGAACCACACGGGUUGUUUCUACGAGGAGACGAUCCUCGUCAUCCUCAUUUUCACUUUCUCCAUCUCAAGGCAGCAAGGAUGCAGAACCAGCUUUCGAAACAGAGGUCAUCCCCCGUCUACCACCCCCACUUUCCAUCGGCGCGUCUAUACCUCCUUUGAUGUCCACCAGCUCGAGCACAGAAUCCCUGCUCCCGACCGCAUUCGUGCUACCUCCACCAUCUCCUUGUGCAUCCUUGCCGCCUCCAAAACCCGCUCUUCUACUAUCCGGUGCUUCCACUCUACCGCUGCUUAUGCCGACAUUCCAAACAUCGCAAGAACAAGAACCGUGUGAAAAUAACAGAUUUCUCUCUCGACCUUCAUUACAAUCCCAUGUGCCACCAUCUGCAACCCCAGCAGAUCCAGUCGAUUCCGUUCCACAGACACCCUUGGCCGGAGCUCAUCGAGCAUUCCCUUACCCGGUUGCCAAGCCUCUUGCCACGCAUAUGAUCCACGCGUAUUCACCUGUGAGACCCAGUCCACUAAGCCGCAUUCUUAUGUUAGGGAACUCUCCAGGGUCUCCUUCGAAUGUCGCUUUAGACCCUAAUUCCAGCUCCCGAGGCUUAGAGGUCCUCAUGGAGACGGACGAGCUGGAGAACGACUUUCCGGGAGAUGGCUUACUGAAAACAGAGCUGUUCCCACCUACACCUCAGUCAAGAGCCUCGUCUGACGACGAAGGAGGGUUGACAUUGGCACAACAGUUAGGUGUAUCAGAGUCUCCUCCCGAGAGUCCGGUAUAUGCAAGGCCAGAGUCUCUGCUACGGGAGAAAAAAGUACAAAGCAUCGUUGUUCGGCGAUCUCAUUCAUCCAAAACCAUAACUAACAAAGCUAAAAUACCUUCUUCCAAGCCAACUUUCGGGGUAUCCAAACCUCGUACUUCCUCUACGGUUGAGAAAGGCCCCGGAAUGAAAGUAAAGGCUAGAUCUAUGGGGACUCUACCUGUCACGAAGAAUACAACACGAAUGAGCGAUCGAUUAACUUCUGUCGGGAUAGGUGGUUACGAAAAAGAGAAUUCGAGUCAUGCAUCUGGAUCCACUGGGUCAAACCUUAACAAUGACAAAGGGAUCGCCGAAAGGAGUAGUAUGAAGAGCAUUGUAUCAGAUGCGAAUUUGAGGAAGGUGGACUUUGGUCGGGGAGUCAGUGGACCGAGAAGAGUUCCUAUCGACAGCGCGGAAGCGCCUCCGAUUGGGCGCAGACGAAAAACAUGAUACAUUUUCUCAUUUAUCAUUCCUCUCUCACUAUGUACUUAGAUACCCAUUGCUCAUGAUAUGUAAUUUGCAUCUGUCUUUUAACACGCCUUCAUAAAAGUGGUGAAGUAGGAGGUAAUAUGGGAAACGCCAUCUAAUGGCGCGAUAGC